AUGGCUCAAAGCUGGUCUUUCCUGGAUAUCUGUGAGUCUGACUUCAGGCCUCUGGUAGUAAUUGAGCUUGCCAAAAGUGCCAAAGUGGAAACCAUAGAAUGGUUCACUAAAAGAAUUGUGGACAAAAAAGCAAAGGGAGGUGCACAACUGCUCGUUAAACCAUUGCUUACGGAAAAAGGUGAAAAUAUUUAUCUAGUUGGAGCUUCCCACUUAAGGCUGUUGCUGGGAGCUGAAACUGUGGGUUUGGUGAAGGAAUGUAAUGAUAACUCAAUGAGAACUUUCACAUAUAGCAGCAGAAAAACUUUCAAAGAUUUUGCAGACGACAAUCAGAAUUUCCUUACAAUGGCAGAAUGUCAGUAUAUCAUCAAACAUGAACUUGAAAAUUUGAGAGCUAAAGAUGAAAAAAUGAUCCCUGGAUAUCCUCAGGCAAAGCUGUAUCCAGGAAAAUCAAUUGUGAGAAGAUUAUUGACCAGUGGUAUUCUAGUUCAGAUUUUCCCACUGCAUGACAGAGAAGAGUUGAAAAAGCUCAGUUACAGCUGGUAUGGGCGAGUGAAAGUUGGCUAUCAACCUUUAGAUGAGAUACGCUGCUACUUCGGUGAAACCAUUGCACUCUACUUUGGCUUCUUAGAAUAUUUCACAUUUGCUUUGAUUCCCAUGGCUGUCAUUGGGAUUCCUUAUUAUGUGUUUGCAUGGGAAGACUAUGACAAAUACGUGAUGUUUGCCACAUUCAAUCUGCUCUGGUCCACUGUGAUACUGGAAGUUUGGAAGCGGAUUUGUGCCACCAUGACACACCGUUGGGGGACGCUGAUGAUGAAACGACAGUUUGAAGAACCAAGACCAGGCUUCCAUGGCAUCCUGGGUAUCAAUCCCGUCACUGGGAGGGAAGAACCAGUGUAUUCAAGUAUUAAGAGACAGCUCCGGAUUUAUCUGGUCUCGUUACCAUUUGUGUGCCUUUGCCUCUACUACUCACUGUAUGUGAUGAUGAUUUACUUUAACUUGGAAGAGUGGGCCCUGGCUUAUCAUGAGGAGAAUAACUCUAACUUCAGUAGCUUGAUGCUGUUUGUGCCCAGUAUCGUAUAUGCUGUUGUGAUUGAAAUUAUGAACCGUAUCUAUCGGUAUGCUGCUGAAUUCUUAACGUCAUGGGAAAAUCACAGGCUGGAAUCUUCAUAUCAAAAUCAUUUAAUUCUGAAGGUUUUAGUGUUCAACUUCUUAAAUUGCUUUGCAUCUCUCUUCUACAUUGCCUUUGUGCUGUUUGAUAUGCACCUUUUGAGGCAGAGUUUGGCCACUUUGCUGAUAACUUCACAGAUCCUCAAUCAGCUGGCAGAAUCCUUGCUUCCUUACUGGCUCCAAAAGAGGUAUAACAAGAGGAUGAAGAAACGCCAUUGUUCUCAAGAAACAGAUAAAGACCUGUCGUUAGCUGAACAAGUCAACUUGGAGAAAGAAAUGGGCACCUACUGCGGUACUUUUGAUGACUACCUGGAGUUGUUCUUACAGUUUGGCUAUGUGAGUCUUUUCUCAUGUGUUUAUCCACUGGCAGCUGUCUUUGCAGUGUUAAACAACAUCACAGAGAUAUACUCUGAUGCCUUAAAGAUGUGUAAUGUUUACAAGCGUCCAUUUGCAGAACCCACAGCAAAUAUUGGUGUUUGGCAGUUGGCUUUUGAAACUAUGAGUGUAAUAUCCGUUGUUACUAAUUGCAUACUGAUUGGAAUGUCUCCACAAGUGAAUGCCCUUUUCCCAGACUCAAAAAUGGAACAUAUUCUGACUGUGGCAUUGGUAGAGGUAAGUUUGCCUUCAAACACUGCAUGUGCUUUAGUAGCAUAUAACAUAAACUGC